AUGGAUGAUUUAGUCAAAAUAAUACUGAUUGUUGGGGGUGGGCUUGUAUUCUGCUUUGUGCUCGUAGUACUUAUCCUUAUAGUGAUACGAUAUGUAAAACGAAGCAGCAAUAGCAGCGGAUAUCAUUCAACAACUGAAGAAAGUCAACCUUUUGUUCAGGAAGGACGGAAUCAAGAAGGCCAACUUAUCGCUCCUAAUUUGAAUGAAGAAAGAUCCCCACAAGGCAACCCAAUUAAUAAUUCUGGGAGUCCUAGCUAUGAAGUUAGUAAGCAUUCCAAUCCCAAAAGAUGAAAUGAAAAAAUUGCAUUUAUUCACAAUGCUGGGAUCCCUAAUUAUGGAAAUACCUGCUACUUAAACUCAACUAUUCAAACACUUGCGUGCAUUCCAAAAUUUGUGGAUCUUAUAUCAAAAUCAAAAGACGACAUAUUUAAAUGUUUAUCUCAAAUUAUUAACCUCGUUUUAUCAAAUCAGCGUUCUAGUAUUAGUAAGUCUCAGAUAGAGGCCUUACUUAAUGGACUUAGAAAUAAAAAUCCUGACGUAGUUUUUAUUUAGUUUAAGAUAAAGGCUCAAAAUGAUUGCAAAGAACUUUACAAUAUUUUAAUUGACGAAUUUUUUGGUACAUGUGAGGAACACAAUUUCUUCUUGAUAAAAAAAGUUAAUCUAUUUAUCUGUGGCAAAGGUCACAAGAUGCAAAAGGAAGAGGAACAGUUGUUUUUAAUAAUACCUCCGAAUAACAAGUUGGACUCAGAAAAAUGCAUACAAGAUAUAAAAGAAAAGAAAUUUGAAGAUGAAUUAUUUUGUAAUGAAUGUGGGGAAAUAAUUAAGACUCGCAUGAUAACAGAAAGCUUGAAUCUGCCUGAAUAUUUGGUAUUUUAUGUUAUAGAUACUUCAAAUCAAGGGAGAGUUCCAAAGACCUAUAUAAGAGCUGAAGGAAACGACUAUGACUUGUUUGGAGUCAUAUGCUAUUAUGGCAGUGGAAGCUUUGGCCAUUAUAUUGCUUUUACCCUGAAUGCUGUUGCAAAAUGGAUUAAAUAUAAUGACGCUUUUGUUGAUGAAGAAGAUCCUGAUUAUGAUCACGCCUAUAUGCUUUUUUAUAAGCAGAGAAUAUUAAGCUAA